AGAUGUAGCCUAUAUAAAGGGUUCUGUUUACAACAGAAUCAGGUAGUUGAGAGUCUUUGUUUUAGUAUUUAGUAUCACGUCAGGAUGUCCCGUUUGUGUCAUAUUUUGGCGUAUUUUUCAUAACAGUUCGAUUAAAUAUAUCAUAUAAGAAGGGGCGAACUUUUCAACAGUUUUUUUUUUUUCUAAUAUUUUUUUUCCCCCUUUGUUUUUCCUUUACUCAUAACAGAAGACAUAGGCCGCAUCUGGAAGCUUCUGUUAAAGAUCACCCAUAAGUUUAAGGAGCGUGUCUGGUAAAGGUGGUAGCCAUGGUGUUGAUUUUGGGAAGAAGAGUAAACAACAUCAACUCAGGCACCAAAGAGUCGCCGGUUGUCAAACGCAAGGUAAUGCCAGUUGAAUACAAAAUAGGCGAUAUCUUUGACUUCUGCUCUGGUGCAUCACAUUCAGAGGAGAUUCUUAAGGUGUUCAAUGAGUUUCGUGACUGCCGCCUUUUUACUGAUGUGAUCAUCAGUGUGCAGGGACGCGAGUUUCCCUGCCACCGUGCUGUUCUUUGUGCCUGCUCCUCCUACUUCAAAGCCAUGUUCUGCAAUGAUCACCGUGAGAGCCGAGAAAUGCUAGUUGAAAUCAACGGGAUUGUGGCCGAAGCGAUGGAGUCCUUCCUCAACUAUGUUUACACUGGCCGGGCCAGGAUCACCACUGAGAAUGUCCAGUCCCUCUUUGAAACCGCCAACCUCUUCCAGAUCACUACACUUAGGGAUGCUUGUGCAAAGUUCCUGGAAGACCAGCUGGACCCAUGCAACUGUCUUGGCAUCCAACGCUUUGCAGAUGCUCACUCUCUCAAGCAGCUUGCCAGCCAAUGCAAGACUUACGCGCUGGCCAACUUCACAGAGGUGUCACACCAUGAGGAGUUCCUUGACCUACGCCUUGAAGAGCUGAAAGACUAUAUUUGCAGAGAAGACCUGUCUGUCAGUAAGGAGGAGAUGGUGUUUGAGGCAGUUAUGAGAUGGGUGUACCACAAUGUGGAACUGAGACGACCCAUGCUGAAGAGUUUGCUGCAGCACGUUCGGUUGCCCCUGCUUCACCCCAAUUACUUCGUCCAGACAGUGGAGGGAGACGAGCUCAUCCAGAAUGCUCCAGAAUGCUACCAGCUUCUCCACGAGGCUAGGCGCUACCAUGUCCUUGGAAAUGAAAUGAUGUCACCCAGAACCCGCCCACGCAGGUCAACUGGCUUCUCAGAGGUGAUUGUUGUGGUUGGGGGUUGUGAGCGAGUGGGGGGCUUCAACCUGCCCUACAAUGAUUGCUAUGAUCCAGUAACAGGAGAAUGGAAGUCGCUCUCAAAACUGCCUGAGUUCACCAAGUCAGAGUACGCCGUCUGUGCCUUGCGCAAUGACAUCUUAGUGUCUGGAGGCCGGAUUAACAGCAGGGAUGUGUGGCUGUAUAACUCCCAGCUCAACCUUUGGAUCAAAGUGGCUUCUCUUGUCAAAGGCCGCUGGAGACACAAGAUGGGUGUCCUGCUUGGCAAGGUCUAUGCUGUUGGUGGAUAUGACGGGCAGAGCCGCCUGAGCAGUGUGGAGUGCUACGAUUCCUUCUCAAACCGCUGGACAGAAGUAGCUCCAAUGAAAGAGGCUGUCAGUUCUCCAGCUGUGGCCAGCUGCAGCGGCAAGCUCUAUGUUAUCGGAGGAGGGCCAGAUGAUGAAACCUGUUCAGACAAGGUUCAGUGCUACGAUCCAGAAUCUAACAGCUGGUCACUCCGUGCCAGCAUCCCCAUCGCUAAGCGUUGCAUCACAGCAGUGUCCCUAAACAGCAUGAUCUACGUCUGCGGUGGCCUUACGGAGUCCAUUUACUGCUACGACCCGGCACAAGACUACUGGAUGCUUGUGGGCCAGACCUCUUCCAAACAGGAGAGUUGUGGCAUGUCUGUAGUUAACGGAAAGAUCUAUAUCCUCGGUGGCCAAGGGGAAAAUGGUGAAGCCACGGAUAAAAUCCUAUGUUACGACCCAUCAACAGGAGACCUGACAGGAGAGCGAGGCAUGCCCCGGCCAAUAUGCUACCACGGAUGUGUAACCAUUCACCGCUAUUUUGAAAAAAAUAAGCCAUGACUCUAAACACAGAAACUCAGACAAGCAACAUGUGACACACUAAGAUAGCCAAACUGUACUUAGACAUCUACAUCUAUUAAACAGCACACAUACUGUAUAAAUGAGUCUAAAUCAAAAAUUAUUUCUUUACAUCUUUUUGUAGCAGUGCUCUCUGUAGUACUCUGAAUCCUGAAUGCUGAUCUGAACUUUUUUUUUUUUUUUUCAAAAGCACACUAAGAUAUACCCUAUUAAAAGGUUCCUGGUGUUUAAAUACAUCAGAACAAACCCCAGCACUGAUUACAAAUAUCUAUUUAAAUAAAAAUUUACUGUUUUUUUAGUCUUCAGUUUGUAUAUGAGCCAAAAUGUGGGCGACAGUCAACCAGCUGUGCUGCACCAGUAUCAGAUGUCCUCCAUAGAAGCUCUAAAGAGAAGCCCUACCAAAUUAUUAAACACUGGUCACUGAUGGCUACACUUUAUUUCAGUUUUCUAAUCCCACUUCACUUUGUGUCCCUUCACCUGAUCCACCGUGUUUCAUCAACUCAGUUUAUUUUCAUCAGUACCGUUUGUGUUCUCUAUUAUGAUCAUUUUUUUAUAUAUUCCUUUAAUUUAUACUUGUUUUUUGAUUCUUUUUUUAUAAGAGCAUGUUAUAUUGUUUGGUGUGUCUGAUUAGUAUUACUGUUAGCUUAUUGGUGUACAGGGCAUGUGGGUGGGUUUUCGUUAGGAACCUUUUUUGAACAACCUCAAGGAUUGCUCUGAUUGGCUGAUGUGUGAGUGAGUGAUAGGUUUGGAUGUUUGACUGAUGUUAUGACUCAGACAGGGCGGAUGAGUUGGAGCCAAGCAGGUUUGUCAUCAUGUUGUAGCGCCACAACCCCAAGCUCUUUUUUUAAAGCUGGCUUCUCUCACUUAAGCAUUUACAUGCAGGGACGUUAGUCUGGGUAACCUUGGAUGGAUGGGUUAUUGCCUGGUUAGGGUGUGCUGCGUUAGUAUACCUCACACAUAGGGUUAAGAGUUCAUGCUAAGGAUUUAAAACUCUGAAGCUGUCUAUGACCUUUUUAUGCAAAUCUGUAGCGGUAAAACAGAGAAAUUGCUGUGAAUAUAACUAUUGUUUUCCGUUUUGUAUGUAGAUGAUGUUUUUGUUGCAUAUUGUGUUUCUAUAACAGCCCCAAUUGUGCACUUUGACAAAACCUUUUUAAAUCUAGAGAGAUAUUGGUUUCUGUUUUUUUUUUU